ACGGGGAGGAUGUGAAUGGGGUGGGGGCAGUCGCCCCUGUCCCCCACCCUUCCCUUCAAGCCGGGCAGGGGUGGGGGGAGGGGCCGGGCUGAGGCGGCGGCGGCGGCGGCGGCGGCGGCGCUCGGGGAGGGUUGGGCCAGGCAAGGGUGGGACUAGCCCACGGCGGGCGGACGAGAGAGCUGCGAGCUAACGGGUCCGGGCGGCGGCGGCGGCGACGACGACGACGAAGACGACGACGACGACGGCUUUCUGCGCGGGCGGCGGCGGCCGGAGCGGCGAGCAUGGCCCGCGCGGCGCCGGGCGCUGACUGAGAGACGCGGUUUUGCCAUGUUGCCUAAGCUGGUCUCGAACUCCUGAGCUCAAGUGAUCUGCCUGCGCAGGCCUCCAAAAAUGCUGGGAUUACAGCCACCCUGAUGGGCAGGAAGUGGUAUCUGAUUGUGGUUUUGAUUUGCAUUUCCCUGAUGAUUAAUGACGUUGAGCAUCUUUUCCUGUGCUUGAGCCUCGCAGUACCCCUGGAUCAGUCAUUGUGAAGGUCACCACUGCCCUCCAUCCAGUGGGUCGUGCUGUGGCAGCCUGGCGCCCGACAUGUGAAGGGGAACCUGCCAGGGGAUUACUGUGAGCUAACAGCAGGAUAGGCUGGCCCUGGGGGAAUGGGGAUGGGCAGAACCCAGGCCAGGAGUAUUAGGAAGGAGACUUGGACCCUGGUGGGGAGCUCAGCACAAGCUCGCCUGACCCAGAUGGUAUUGGACACAGUGCCCCGCUGAACAGCAGCUGUUCCCAGCGCCAGAGGACCCCACAGCCACAGUAGGAGCUUUGCGACCCCUACACAACUGCAGCUGGGGCUGGGGCCACCAGGAGAAGACCAGCACCUCAGAUGGGAAGCAGAAGGGCAAGACCUACUGCGGAAAGGAUCUCGAUCUCUGCAGCGGAGUUUUCCCACACUCACAGAGCUUCCUGUUUUUAUCCUCUCAGGGUUGGGGUCUGGCUCCCCUCCUCUGGCAGAGGUUUUGGGCCAGGAGGUGGGACAACGCUUGCAUGGAACCCAAGUCCCCUGAAGCCCAUGUGCUCUCUGUUGUGAUUGGAGUUCUAGGGCUUCCCCGCUGCCGGGAACAAGGGGCCGCCUCAUUGUCUGCUCAUGAACCACAAGGACCCCGACUGCUCCAGACUGGAUUAUUUCAAGCCGCCAAAGAGGGGGACCCCUAGAGCUGGCAGCCAGCAAUCCCAAGGGACUAGUGGGCUGCAAUGGACUGACCUCCCCCUCACCAGGGUGGCAGGAGAGGCAGAGCCUCUGUGGCCUAGCUAGUGACGGAGAGACCCGAUGAAGCCCUAAGCAGGGGCCCCGCCUGACUCAGGGACAGGACAGCCACUCCUGCCAACGUGUGUUCUUCCCACAUUGAGGGAGGGCGUGGCAAGGGACCCCUGCCACUGUCCCCUGCUGCAGCACGUGCCCCUAUGCCCUUUGCAUGUGGUGCCAGAAUAGGCAGGCUACGCCGUGGCUGGCCCCUCAGCGGGCUGGGAAAAGAGUGGCCACGGUGACCGCCGCCCGCCUGCCGGCACAAUGAAGUGCUCCCUGCGGGUGUGGUUCCUCUCCGUGGCCUUCCUGCUGGUGUUCAUCAUGUCCCUGCUCUUCACCUACUCGCACCACAGCAUGGCCACGCUCCCCUACCUGGACUCGGGGGCCCUGGAUGGGACACACCGGGUGAAGCUGGUGCCCGGCUAUGCCGGCCUGCAGCGCCUCAGCAAGGAGAGGCUCUCGGGCAAGAGCUGCGCCUGUCGCCGCUGCAUGGGCGAUGCCGGUACCUCCAACUGGUUUGACAGCCACUUUGACGGUAACAUUUCCCCCGUCUGGACCCGAGAGAACAUGGAUCUUCCACCGGAUGUCCAGAGGUGGUGGAUGAUGCUGCAGCCCCAGUUCAAGUCACACAACACCAAUGAGGUGCUGGAGAAGCUGUUCCAGAUAGUGCCUGGCGAGAACCCCUACCGCUUCCGGGACCCCCACCAGUGCCGGCGCUGUGCCGUGGUGGGGAACUCGGGCAACCUGCGGGGCUCUGGCUAUGGGCAGGACGUGGACGGGCACAACUUCAUCAUGAGGAUGAAUCAGGCGCCAACCGUGGGCUUUGAGCAGGAUGUUGGCAGCCGAACCACCCACCAUUUCAUGUACCCUGAGAGUGCCAAGAACCUGCCCGCCAACGUCAGCUUCGUGCUGGUGCCCUUCAAGGCCCUGGACCUUCUGUGGAUCGCCAGCGCCUUGUCCACGGGGCAGAUCCGAUUCACCUACGCCCCAGUGAAGUCCUUCCUUCGAGUGGAUAAAGAAAAGGUCCAGAUCUACAACCCAGCCUUCUUCAAAUAUAUCCACGACAGGUGGACAGAGCAUCACGGGCGGUACCCUUCCACGGGGAUGCUGGUGCUUUUCUUUGCCCUGCAUGUGUGUGAUGAGGUGAACGUGUACGGGUUCGGGGCCGACAGCCGGGGCAACUGGCACCACUACUGGGAGAACAACCGGUACGCGGGCGAGUUCCGGAAGACUGGCGUGCACGACGCGGACUUCGAGGCCCACAUCAUCGACAUGCUGGCCAAGGCCAGCAAGAUCGAAGUCUACCGGGGCAACUGAGCCGGGCCUCGCCGCGACCCUUCCGGCCCAUCUAUCGGGCACCGGGGCUCCGGCCCGGGACCCGGGACCAGCAACCCGGGACCAAUCAUGCUGCAGCCCAGGGGCGUCUGCUGUGCCCCGCCAAUCACGAGACUGGGGGACCGGCCGGGCCUGGCACCAAUCUGCGCUGCGGUAGGGCGGAGCUUCUGUUUCUCCCAGCCAAUCAUGUGACUCAAGGAGAACUUCCGGCGCUGUGUCCAGUCUCCUCCAAUCAAUGGCCUUCGGGGGCGGGCCAGCGGCCGCUCAAUCCCCACUCCCUCAUGCUUUGGGUUAGGGUUUUCUUUCACGCUUUCUGAGGAGGAGAGCAUGGCGCGGGCCUCGGCGAAGCACUUCCGUCAGCCUCGGGCGGAGGAUCGUCUCAGUAGCUGGCCACACCCGGAGGACAGCAGGCGGUCGUUGCGGGCCUCAGGAGAGAGGUGGCCGCCCGGCCCCUUUCCCUGCCUGCCCGGAUUUGUGCGUGCAGACCCACCAAAGAAAAGCGGUCGCUGCGGGACCCCCAGUCCCACCUCGGCCCCGCUGCGGGAUGGCUGCGCCCCCAGAGCUUCCUGCGUUUCCAGGAAGCCGGGAGUGGCGCCCUCUGCUGGGUGGGGUGCUCCCGGGCCGAACUCCGGACAGAUGGAGGGGACAGGGCAGAGCUCGAGGAAGCCCUGUCUCCUUCAGUGCAAGGUGCUGUCACUCACGUGUGCCCUCGACCCUCGCGUUCACCCGCAGCCUUCUCAGCGCCUCUCCCUGGGCCCGAGGUCUCCUCACCAGCCUACCUGUUGCUCUGGAAAAAAAUCCCCUGCCCCCCGACUCCGUCCCUACCCCGAGUCUUCGGCCGGCUCUGGCCCCUGGGGAGGGGGCUGCACGGCGGAAGGAGGCUGGCUAUGGGCCCGGCUGCCCGCUGCAUGUACCUCCUCCUCCACCCAUCGCCCUUUGCCUGGGGCUCAUUCUUUGGUUAAGCUGAAGCUGCCGUGGGUGGCCAAACCGCAGUUUCUUUGCAAAUUCUGAGCUGGCAGAGCUCGCAGCCGGGAGCCGGCCGGGGAAGAGGAGACUUGCGCGCCGCAAGCCGCCUGCCUCCACCCUGCUCUCCAUCUCCCGCUUUAGAAGGGCUGGGAAGCUCGCGGCCGGGGUUCCACCUGGAAGCUGCUUGCGUGGUUGAACCCAGCUUAGGUCCCUGGCCGGGCUGCUGGUGGAAUUCUCCUCCUUCGAAGCUGGGGAGGUUUAGGAGGGGGAAGGCUUCUGUGAAGCUCUCAAACCACUAAUAGAGCCCCCUCCCCAACAGUGACGGCGCAGAUGCUCCCCCUUUUCUUAGUUGACACCACCAGGCAGCUUCCUGGCCGUUGGUAGGUUCCUGCAGCUGGCUGAGGGAACAGGGACCGGCAGGGGACUUUGUUAGGGGAGGGUUGGGAUGGGCAGUGGGCCCCUGAAAGUUAAUAUAUUGGAACCUAGCUCGAGUGUCGUUCUUUCCAAUUCCGAAAGUAGAGAGAGUAAAAAUAGGGGUGAUUGGGGUAGGGUUAGUAGAAUGCCUCUCUCAGGGCGUUCCCCCCUCCCCCACCGUUUUAGAGAGCUAGGCCUCAGCCAGUCUUGCCACUCCCAUCUCAGUGCUUCCUGAAGAGGCUGUUUUGAGUGUUGAUGAAAAGCAAUGCAAUUAUGCCAAACAGUAUUGAGCAGAAUAAUUUAUUUCUUUUUUCUUUUUCUUUUGCUUUAAAUCAUGAAUCCCGCCAGGUACGGUGGCUCACACCUGUCAUCCCAGCACUUUGGGAGGCCAAGGCGGGCGGAUUACUUAAUACUUAAGGUCAGGAGUUCGAGACCAGCCUGGCCAACAUGGUGAAACCUCGUCUCUACCAAAAAAAAAAAAACAAAAAUUAGCCAGGCGCAGUGGUGCGCACCUGUAAUCC